UAACUAGCUAAGCCGGUGUACCUUUCAGGCUUUCACUCUCUACGAAGCUGAUCGUUUUGGCCGCAGAUUUCGAUUCCGAGAUCUAAUUGAUUUCACUGGCUUUGAAUCACAAGCAAUCAAUCAAAGCCAAGCAUUCUUAAGGUGAGGAGACAUGAGUGAGAAAAAAAAUCCCUUUGUAUUCUUAGAUCUGUCAAUUGAUGGGGAUCCUGUGGAAAGAAUUGUGAUCGAGCUUUUUGCUGAUGUUGUCCCUAAGACGGCAGAGAAUUUUCGGGCACUCUGUACAGGAGAGAAGGGCAUUGGAAAGUCCACUGGGAAACCUUUGCACUACAAGGGAUCAUAUCUUCAUCGAAUAAUUAAAGGAUUCAUGGCCCAAGGUGGUGAUUUUUCAAGGGGAGACGGCAGUGGUGGAGAAAGUAUAUAUGGAGGAAAAUUUGCUGAUGAGAAUUUUAGGCUGAAGCAUGAUGGAGUUGGUCUUCUCUCUAUGGCAAAUUGUGGUUUGAACACAAAUGGAUCUCAGUUCUUUAUAACCUUCAAGCGCCAACCCCAUCUUGAUGGGAAACAUGUUGUUUUUGGGAAAGUUGUGAAAGGAAUAGAGAUUUUGAAGAAAAUUGAGCAGGCGGGAACAGCUGAAGGGAAACCUGCUCGACCUGUGAAAAUUGUAGAUUGUGGUAAAACUUCUGAAAGUAAGAUUCCGGAUGCACUUGGGAAAGAGAAAGGGAAAAAGAAAAAAUUGGUGAAGGCUCCAUCUUCUGCUGAUAGUUCUGAAUCUUCUGAUGAGCAAGUGAAAGGAAGACGCAAGAAAUCUCUGAAGGACAGAAGAAAGAAAAGAAAAAGGAGAUAUUCAUCUGAUUCAAACAGCUCUGACACGGAAUCUGAUUCUUUUUCUUCAGAUACUGAUUCAGAUUCAUCUCUAUCUGAUUCAAGUAACUCAAGUGAUGGAAGGCAUAGGAAGAGGAGGUCCAUAAAAAGAGAUAAGCACCAGCGUGGGAGGAAAAUGAAGGAUGGGCAAAGAGAGAGGAAGAGAGGCCGCCGUGACAAACGAUCAAGGCAAAGGUCUAAAAGCCUUAUUGUCAGGAGUUUGGAGAGUUCGAGUACAGAUAGUGAUAGUACUAGUACUAGCAGAAGUAGUUCUGAUGAUGAAAAAACUGAUCGUCAUGUUUCUGCUCAGAGAACAAGUAAAAAUAAACUAUCAAGGAAUCUUGAUAUGCGAAAGGAAUCCUCAACCCCUCUCUCAGUAAAAGAAACUAUUGUAGCACAACAGAAGGAUCUCAUAAAGACCACUGAGGACAACUUGUCACAUGAAGAAGGCGAACUGUCUCCAAAAAAUGAACUUUUAAACAAUGGCCAUGGCAAAGAAGCUAGAUCUGAUAAACAUGCUAAUCAGCAUUCCUAUUCAGAUGACUCCAGUAAAUCCAGCAGAAGUCCGACUCCCAAAAGAAGGUCAAGACACAGUCCAAGCACAAGUCCAAAAAGAAGUCCUGAUAGGAAGUCUGUUGAGCAAAAUCAGGGAAGGGCUUCUAGGAGUGUGCUGGGAAAUCCUGCACGCAGAGCCCCCGAACCGUCUUCCUCAAACCAUGGCCGGGUUGUGUCAAGAAGCCCUUCUCUGGAUGGCACUCCAAAGCGCAUCAGAAAAGGGCGUGGCUUCACUGAGCAGUACUCGUUUGCACGUCGGUACCGUACUCCAUCUCCAGACCGUUCACCUCGAAGUGCCUACAAUUAUGGUGGAAGAAAUUUUCAUGAGAGGAACCGUGAUAGGUAUUCAAGCUAUAGAAGGUAUUAUGAGCAUUCGACACGUGGACGUGAUCGAAGCCCACGGGGAGGCAGAAGCCCUCCCAGAUACGGUAGCAGGAGAAGUCGAAGUAGGAGCAGUUCUCGCAGUCCAGGUGGUUAUCGAGGUGAUUACAGGAACCAUAACCGUAGCCGGAGUCCAAUAGAUAAUCGACCUCCAGUGAGUGAUAGAUUAAAAUCUCGUCUUGGUCCCCGAAUUGAUGAUCAGCCCUCUCCAUCAAGAGGAAGGUUGAGAUCCAGGUCCAGGAGUCGUGGGUCCCCUCAGUCCAGAUCUCAUGAUGCUGCACCACCAAAGCAUAAUGGCAGAAUGACUUCUGCAUCUCCCAUCAGGUCUAGCUCAAGAUCAAGCUCCCCAUCUGGCCAAAGGGGGUUGGUUUCCUAUGGAGAUGCCAGUCCUGAUUCAGGGUCAAGAUAACUUCUUGUGCCAUCUUAGUCAUGGUGGAGUGGUAAGGAUCUAAUCACAGUAAACCUGCCACCUCUGAAUGAAACCGAUUGAGAGAGGGAUUUUUUUUUUUUUUUUUUGCCUUGUAAUUUGAAUUUGCUUGUGCUCGCAUUUUUCGUAUUUUCUUUUUGAGCGUUAUCAAUUUGAAUAACAUGCUCUAUUAGAAAACUAGGGUGACAACUGCAAUGGAACCAUUUUUCUAGCAUGCUUGAUGAAUUUUGAAAUAUUGCACUGGUCAUCAGGUCUUU